GCUUAGCGGCAUGAGGUACAAGGCGGUGGCUACUGGGGAAGAUGGAGCCGAAGAGGCAUUGUUGCAGGAGCCGAAAGAUGACAAUAUCGACAAAGACCUUGGCGGUUCGUCAGUUAUUUGGUUCUGGAUUCUGACCAUCCUUGUUUUCUUCCUAGUGAUAAUCACUUUUCCAAUCUCAGGAUGGUUUGUCCUGAAGGUAGUGCCGAACCAAGAGCGGUUUGUUGUCUUCCGUUUGGGAAGAGUUAUAGGCAGCAAAGGUCCUGGAAUUGUCCUCUUGCUGCCUUUCAUUGACCAGUGGCAGGUGGUCGAUCUCCAGACCAAGUCUUUCAAUGUUGCACUGUUUGAGGCAACUUGUAAAGAUGGCGCUCAGGUUAUCGCUGGUGCAGAAAUCCAGUACCACGUCUCGAAUCCAGUCCUUUCUGUGGUUGUCGUGCAGGAUAUCAGGAGCACCUUGGCGCACACUGCUAAGGCUGUGAUGGUUGGCUUCCUACUCAAGAAAUCCCUGUCGAGCAUCAAGAUGAAGAAGAUUAAAACUGAAAAACAAUUAUCGCUUGAGAUUAAUGAGAAGACCAAGUCCUGGGGUGUGCAAGUAGACCAGGUGAAUAUGGUUGUGCACAGCGUGUUGAAGUUCCCGCUGGAGGCUCUCCACAACUUGCCCCCGACUCCGCCCAGCAGUCGACUAGACCGGCUUCCCCAACCCCUCCGCAUGAUAGCCGAGCGCAUUGUAAAUAGCAGUAGCUCCGCACCGUCAGCAUCUUCUCAGCAUGUCUCUGAGUUUUCCAGUGACAGCGAAGAGGGUGUUCAGAUUGUAAGCGAAGGGACUGGGUUUGGAGAAUCUGAGAGUGACAGGAUAAGUCCAGACUGGAUACUUUCCAGAGUGCAAAGUCUCCUUUCUAAGGAACUGGUGACACAGUUUCAAGCCUGCUAUCUAUUCAUUGUUAACCAAAAGAAUGGAGCUCGCAACCUGUACUAUCUGGACCUCAGUAGAGAUUCGGGCUACGCUGGCUAUGGUGUGCCAGAGAGGGAACCUGACGUCACUCUGGAAGUUUCGGAGAAGACCAUGCGGUCGCUGUUAACAGGAGAGACGAAGCCUUUCUCUGCGUACAUGAGCAGGCGAAUUCGUGUACAAGGCGACUUGAAGUUAGCAAUGAGGCUGGAAGAUUUAAUCAAGAUAAUGCAACAAUGACAUGGCUCGGAUGAGUUUUACAUUUUGUAUUUUAUUUACAUUAUUUUUGUUAUUUUUCUCCAAAGUUCUAUACUAACCCCUUGUUAAUAGUUUAUGGUCUAGUCCACUCUUGAAAUAAAUAAA